CCUCAGCUACUGCUCACAUUUCAUUCUCAUUCCUCACAGAUAACAUUUCUCUCCCAACACACAAUGAUGUCGAGCCAAGACCGCUCAGAGAUCGCUUUUUUCGACGUGGAAACUACAAUUCCGGCCCGAACGGGUCAAAAACACGCUAUUCUGGAAUUCGGGUCGAUCCUGGUUUGCCCCAGAACGCUCGUGGAGCUUGAUAAUUACUCCACUCUUGUUAAACCCUCGGAUGUUUCGUUAAUCUCGCUCAGCUCUGUGCGUUGCAACGGAAUUUCUGGGAAAGAUGUUGCUUCUGCCCCCACUUUUGCCCAGAUUGCUGACCGGGUUUUCGACAUUCUUGAUGGGAGGAUUUGGGCAGGACAUAAUAUAAAUAGGUUUGAUUGUCCGCGAAUAAGGGAGGCUUUUCAAGAAAUUAAUAGGCCUGCUCCUGAGCCUAAGGGAACUAUUGAUUCUUUGACUUUGCUCACUCAGAAAUUUGGGAGGAGAGCUGGUGAUAUGAAGAUGGCUUCCCUUGCAACAUAUUUUGGGCUUGGAGAUCAAUCGCAUAGAAGUUUAGAUGAUGUGCGGAUGAAUCUUGAAGUUCUCAAGUAUUGUGCAACUGUUCUGUUCUUGGAGUCCAGCCUUCCAGAUGUAUUAACUGCAAACAGCUGGGUUUCUCCUAAUGCUAUUACAAGAAGUCGUGGCAAUCGUAAAGCUUCUCCAGAGGUGACAGGUUCAAACAAUGGUACACCAUCUUCAAGUAGCCUGGUCAAAGAUCACCAAGUAACCCCUCCCCAAAACAAUUCAUUCGUAGACAAUCAUCCCAUCCUUUCCCUGAUGACUCCUGGAUUAGGAGAUUGUGAAUUAAAUCUUGCCGAACCUGGUAGUGAACCUGCACCUGACCCAUUUAACAUGAGUCCCCUAAGCAAUUUAGUGGAAGGAGGAUGUAUUCGACCAGAUGACACCAUUAUGGAAACUAGUUCGGAGUCUCUAAAUUUGUCCACAGCAAAUUCAUCUAAUACUUUCAGGGACUGCAUUGACUUUUUAAAGCCUGAUGAAAUUUCUGUACCUUCCAUCACUGUUGUACUUGCCCCAGGUUUUAACGGGCUUCACAAACUACAGAUAUUGCAUAAAAAUUCAGUCUUUCAUGUUUGCUGUAAUCAUAUGAAAGUACGGUUUGGGAUAAGUACAAAAUUUGUUGAUUAUGCUGGCCGCCCACGGUUGAGUUUUGUGCUAGAUGCAUCUCCGGAUCUCUGCCAAAUUCUGGAUGCAUGUGAUAAUCUUGCCCAGAAGAGGUCUUUGGAUUCUGGAAGCAGUUCUGACUGGAGGCCUGUCGUGGCCAGAAAGGCUGGAUUCGUGAAUUCACCAACUAUUCGAUUACACAUACCUACAGUAUGGGAUGGGAAUAAUGCAAGACUGUCCACAGAGAUAUACCAGAAAGAAUCUUCAUCGACACAAAGGGUUGUUUUCAGCAGAUAUGACAUUGCUGAACUUGAUGCAUUAUUAGCUCCAGGGACUUUCAUGGAUGUGUACUUCUCCUUGGAUCCAUAUGACUAUCAACAGAAUGCUGGUAUCCGUUUAGUGGCGAAGAAGUUGGUCGUGCAUUCUUGAUGGAGUCGAAGCCAGGUUUACAUAGGCUAACACCUACUACUAGAUAUCAUUCUUUCCUGGUUUCAGGCUGAAUUGUUUCAACAUGUAGACAUAACAUUGUCAUUCUGUUGUAAUUUCACAUUUAAAAUAAUAGACUCCAGUUAAAGCUGUAGAUAUAACAGUCAUUCAACCUUGAAACUUUCAUUUCAA